CACUAAAUGCGGAUUUAUCAGUCGACGAGUCGCGUUCAUGGCGUUAAACUUUUCGUCCGUUCCCCGUUGCUCUGGUUUUCUUUUCUUUUCUUUUCUUUCUUUAUUUUUCUUUCUCUCGCACCCACGGGAUCGACGUCGUCCCGCAGUCCGGAAAGUGUCGCUCGUCGUACGCGAAACGAUCGAGAAAAUCGCCAAGGCGUUCCCGCUGCGGCGCCCCUUUUUUUUUCUUCACCGGGGGGCGGUGGAGAACGCGACCAAGGAUGCUGCGUCCUUUGGAACGUCCUUUCGGAGCGUCGCGUCUCUGCCGGCAUGUCGCGUACCGCAUCGCUCGCGAGUUUCUCCGUUUUAUCUGGUGGAUGAGUGAUAAUCAAGUGACACGAUUCUACUUUCGGACGUGGACUUGCGAGAUAGGACAUGUGUGAUCUUCAAUUUGUGUUCAUUCCGUCGUCGAUGCCGUCGAAUCGACGUUAACAUGUGUGUUCCUUGUCUCAUCCGAAACAUGUGAAAGGGACGGUUUCUUGUCUUUCGAAGAAUAUUUCUGUCAUCGUUACGUAUGUUCUCAUUGAACGAGAAUGGACAGGGAAACGUGGCGGUUCGUUGAAUCGUACGACGUGGCAAAAAAUGGCAUCGUAAUGCGGGCUAAAACACGGAAAAGGUGGCGAGGAUCCUCGCCGGCCACGCAUGGCCGUUUCGCCCGAAGGAUGUCGUAAAAUGCCGGCGUAAGGAUCCAUCUCGCCGGUCAGUAACCAUUUUCCAACGUUCGUAAACGCGGUUGAAAAUUCUCUCGUAUUAAACGAACAAGAGACGAAAUCAAGCGUAGAAAUGACGAGAAGAAGCGCGGUAAUCAAAGCGAAUUGCAACUGGUAAUCGUGACUCGUGACAAGCCCAAGAGCAUACCACGAAAAUUCAAACGUUCCUGUGAUUCUCGGGAUUCUUUAUUGUGAUUGUUCUCGGCGAAUAUAACGUGUGAGUGCGCGAUUUGUUUGAUUGAUCUCUCGAAACUGUCGCAACGAUGUUUGUAGUGACAACGCCUGGAAUCACGUGGAUACAGGAAGAGAUCGUUGGAUUUCCUCGAACCAUCCUCAAGCAAUGGAGAUCGAUGAAGUCGACGAAGACGAUGUCGAUUAUAAUUUGAGUCCUAACGCCUCUGGGACCGGUAUUUGCAGUGUCGGAGGAAGCGGCGACGAAGCUGGAAGGGACGAGUUGCUUCUGAAAUUGCAACCGUACGUAACGUCGGACACGAACUUCACACGACAAAGAAUCGGAAGAAUUUUGGUAGAAACGUUCCGCACUGCCGCUAACAAUGGAACGAAACUUAACGUCAAUGAAAUUAUGCAGUCGGUGCAGCAGAUCAUUCAGGAUCCUGACACGCAAGUUCGGUUGGACCUGAUGGAACAGCUGCCGCACGUGGCGACGAUCUGCCAGGAAGCUUCUCAUCUAUUCGGCGACGUUCUCCACGAUCAUCUGUUCAGCAUCAUUAUCACGUAUCUUCAGGAUCAAGAUAACCAGGUACGAAUGACGACCCAGGCAGUGGUGCUCACGUUGAUAAAGAGCGGCCUCCUCGACAGCACCACGAUCGAGGUCAAAGUCUGUCCCGUGAUAGAAGUACUCUGCAGGACUUCGGUCGAUUUCCUUCAAUCUGGCAUCAUGUUCAUGAGCAAGAUGGCACCGCUCAUUGGCAAAAAGCUGACAGAAAAGAUUUUUCUGGACAGAUACAUAGCCCUGUGCAAGGAACAGGAUAUCCACGUGAGAAAAGUAUGCGCGUCGCACUUCGGGGAGAUUUGCGUCGCGGUCAGAAGAAAGGCAUUUCUUCAAAAAUUGUUUCCGGUAUUCGUCGAUCUGUGCUGCGAUAAAGCAUGGGGCGUACGGAAAGCCUGCGUGGACGUUAUGAUGCCAGUCGCCUGCUGCAUGACCCUUCAACAACGUCAAUUACUGUUGGCCGAACUCCUGGCCAUGCAUCUCGACGACGAAUCGAAAUGGGUGCGAAUGUCUGCCUUUCAAAUUUUAGGACCAUUUAUAUCCACGUUCGCGAAACAGUUUACCGAAGUAACUUAUAAUGAACACGGCGAGCUAGUGUUUACCAGCCAACAAGAUACUCGUUUCAGUAUAAGGUACUCGUACGAAGGUAACUAUCCUCCGAAAUACGUGGUGCGAAGUCACUCGUUCGAUCAGGAGGAGCUUGAUACUAAGGAUAAUUUCAAUUCGCCUGUGAUAAUACAAAAACCGAUUUCCGACGACGAGGAGGAAGAAGAUUCUCAGGAGGAUCACAUUUUCGCUCUGAGAGCUUAUAAAUCUAAGAUGCAAAGGAAGAUGAAUCAAAACCAAUCGACGGACGAUACGGAGAAGUACAAUACAUUUUUAUAUUACUAUAUAGCGCCAGACCUGCCUUUAGACGAGGAACUCGUCGAAGCCGCAAAGAGAUCGUCAGCGAAGAACAACGUUGAUUGGAAGCCGAUGGCCGACACGGCCAGUAGCAAAGCCUCUUCGUUAGACGACGUAGUGGAAGAGGAGAAAUUUCCAGAGGUCGAAUUGAUAACCGUAAACGAGGAAGAGCUAGUCCCGUUGCAUUUAGUCAACGUGUUCCUAACGAUGGCCGAGCCAGAGCGAUACUCAGACAUAGGAGCAGACAUUCUUCAUCAUUGCGCUUUCAGUUUUCCCGCGGUCGCUCUAACGUUAGGUAGAGAACACUGGUGUUACUUACAACCGACGUAUAAAUUACUGUUGAACGCUGAUCAAUGGAAAGUCAGACGUACACUGGCCUCGAGCAUCCACGAGAUCGCGACCAUACUGGGCGAAGAACUGACCGCGAGCGACCUCAUCCCUGUCUACGAUUGGUUCAUCAAGGACGUAGACGAAGUCAGAAUAGGCGUACUGAAACACCUAGCGACCUUUUUGAAGAUACUUAAGCCCAGCGAUCGCUGCCUGUAUCUACCAAGACUGAAGGAAUUCCUGGUCACCGAUAACGAAUGGAACUGGAGGUUCCGAGAGGAGCUGGCUACUCAACUGUUAGAAAUUGUCAAUCUUUUCGGUGCUACGGACGUGGAAAGAUACAUCGUGCCCCUGUCUCUUGAGCUGCUGAGCGACAAAGUCGCUGCUGUGAGGCACGUUGCACUUUCUUUGGUGACACAAAUCGUGGCUCAUUUAUCCGACAACGAACGCUUGAUUACUGCCCUGUUUCAAGAGCUCAAGUUCUCGCUAGGGGUGUGGACGAAGAAAUGGAUCCGACGACAAACGUUAGUAUUUGUAUGCGCUCAGUUGAUAGCCAACAACGCUAUCAGCGGGCAUAGAUUCUCUCAGGAAAUGUUGCCUAGUUUAUUGAAGCUGUCCAGGGACAAAGUACCAAACGUAAGAUUGGCUGUGGCGAGGACUUUGUCGAAGAACGUUAUCCCGAUGGGACCAAACUGGUUAGGAGCGGAACAAGCGGAAGAAGUGGAGAAAAGAUUAAGAGAGAUGCGUUCAGAUCCUGAUCGCGAUGUUCGAGUGUUGGCCGGGGGCGAGGAGAAUCCUGUGUUAGAUAUAUUAUCGCAAACCAAGGCCGAACAAUCGAGGAACAUACUGUUUUAACAAAUUCUAUCCCCGCAAGAAUCAAAUUCGAAUAAUUUCCUGCCAUACGAGACGAUUGUUUUAGAUUGGACAGCCACGGGAGAGGAUAAAAGGUGCCGUAAAAGUGUUCUUCCAUGUGUGAAUUGUCUGUACAAGCGACAGAAAAUUAAUUGGAAGAGAAACGCGGGGACGACGUUGUUGUACCGGGGAGGGAGGAUGAACGAGAGGAAUGAUAGGUUUUCUUUUUUCACCAGACACCAUGUGUAUUUAUCUACGAUGUAAAGAAAGAAUAAUAAUACCAGCUCAAAUUUUAAAUAAACGAAACAUUUACCAUUUUAAGUGCAGUCGAGAUAGACAAAGUGCAACUGAACGUUGUCGAUAACCAGGGGACCGAGGAUUUUCCGCGUCCUUUAGACUAAGACGGAUAAGUAUCAAUGGUCAAAAGACAUUACGCAAUUAUAUAAGAGUGUGUGUGAGAGAGAGCGUGUUUAAAAGAAGUUAACGUAUGCGUGGUUAAGGUUCGCGGGUAUGUAUGCGUUUACCAUUGUGAUCAAUUUCUAUUUGUAAGUGGGUCCCUUGGACAAACAAGCCGGAUAUUACUAAUUGGAGAUAUCGCAUCUACGAGAUCUCUUGUUCUUCGGUAAACGGUCAUAGCACGUUCUCUUCGGGAACCGCGUUAAUUGUUAUCCUUUCAUCGAUCAAUCGGAAUUCUACUGUUCGUCGAAGGAGAAAUAAUUCGAUGAUCCUGUGCAUGCAAUCAGACACGUACUUCACUUUUGUAACUUUUGUAACGCGUCGAUCGGCUCGAGUUUUCGUGCUAUGACUGGUGAUGAACUUUUGUGUGCGUCAUCGACGAAUGUCUCUACGUCGAAUGGGGGGGAAAAAAAAGAAUGAGAAAACACGACAUGGAAUUUUACGAUUAGAAACAGAAAAAAAAGGCUUAUACGUUGCACGAUAUUGAGAUCGUUCAUAAUCGUGCGAUAUCACUGUGAUUUUUGUCUACGCGCAAUCACACGGACGAAUGUGUAUUGUUUCAUGUAGAUAUAUUAUUGUAAACGUUAAGAAUUGUAAGCACGAAUUAUCGCUGAGCCACCGAUGUUUAAAUUAUACGAAUCAGAAUUUUAAUCACACAUCGAGGGUCUUGCAUUUAGAAAGUUUUCGGUGACUUUGUAUUUCAAAUUAAAGAAUCACACGGGAGACAUCAUGUUUGUACGAUUUACACGAUAAUACUAGUUUGUAAGCAACGGGAUAAACGAAACUGAGAAUGAUGUUGAAUAAAUGUGUAUUAUACGAGAUUUUACAAGUGUAGAGGAUACGCGCGGACCGUAGACAAAAUGAAACAAAAGUGAUCCGCUAAAUUGUACAUUCGCGAAAAAAAAAAUAAAGAAAAAAUGAGAGAUCGUUACCGAAUAUCACUACUGUGAAAUAUUUCUACGACAUCGAGUCGCGAUAACUGGAUAUUUCGCGACAAUUAUUAAGUAGAGCGAAUUAUCGUGUCUUGGAUAAACUGUUCGUUGAAAAACGUAAUGAUUGGGCUACAGUGACUUCCUGUAAGCAACGAAGACUCGUUACUUGUGAAUACGUUUGAAGAAGAAGAAAGAAAACGAAGUUUUGUUUAAAAUAUUCUGUAUAAUAUAUUGUGUGUUUGGUAAUGAGACGAAAAAAAAAUAUACACCAUGCGAUUUGUUACAUAA